GCCCUUUAAAAAGGGUGGUUGGAGUUAGGAGAUCUCUAAGGUGCCUCGAAGUCUGGAUGUUCUCUCAUCUGCGAAGCACAGCCUCGCAGUGGGUGUUUGGGGGCCUCGAGCCUGGCUGCUCGAGGGCCAGGUCACUUAAGCAGGUGACUCCCUGCCUAUCUGCCCCCAGUGGCUGUCCCUUGUUCCGAGGAUUAAGUCCCAAGCCCCCGCCUGCCUGGCUGGCAGUUCAUGCUUUCUACCACCUGGGCUACCUCCCGGUCCCAUGAGGCCACAAACGCAUCCUGAUCUUUCCAGCUCUAGACCUGGGCUCCAGCUGUUACCUCCGCCCAGCGGUCUUCCCCCUGCUCCUCCCCAUCAAUACCUGGCUAGACAUCACCUCCUCCGAGAAGCCCUCUUCACCCACCCCCGACAGGGCUGGUGAUUUCUGUUUUCAUGUUCCCAUUGCACUUGGCACAUAAUACUUAAUUUUCAGUUUUGCAUCUGAUUCUCCACUGAACCAUGACCUCCUUGAAAGCAGGUACAGGAUUAUCCAUUCUCACAUCCCAGCCAGAGAGAAGUUAUCGUUAUUUUUUAAUUAAAAGGCAUUAUCCUUGAAAACACACUUUAAAACUCACAACCACCCUGAAUGAAGUAGACGGGGCAGAUCCUAGUGAUGCCCAGGACACAGAGGAGGAAGGUGAGCUCCGGAGUCGUGAGCGAGGCUGAGGAGAGAAGAUGGGGUGCCCGUCAUCUCCCCUGUGGCCCUCUUCAGGGGGCUGUCCUCUUGGACAAUUGUCCAUUUUCCUGGGCUCUCUGGGGCCCAUCCUGGAACCGUGACCAUGUCUCUUGGCCUCUCAGGGACUCACAUCUGACAUUCGUGUUCUCCCGAGCGCGCCAUGUUUUCCCACUUGGGACCCCUCUUCUUGCUCUCCCUCUGCCUAAGGAAUGCCUCCCCCACACCUUUCCGUGGCUGCUCCUUCUCAUCGAGAUCUCAGCUCACAGUCACGGCCUCCAGGGGACCUUCCUGCUCACACAGUAGCCGCCAUCCCCCCCGCCAAGCCCUGACCCAUCACCCUGUUUCAUUGUCUCUCUAGCACUUGUUACCACCUGAAAUUAUCUUGGUUGUUUAUUUGCAAUCAAGUUUAUCCUCUGUCUCCUCUACUGGAACAUAAACUCCAUGAGGGCAGGGAAUUAUUUCUGUCCCCGGAGUCUAGCCAUAGUAGCUGCUCAAUAUAUAUUUAUGGAAUGAAAGAAUGAACGAAUGAAUGUAUAAAUUGAUGGGGUGCACUGGGUGCCAUCUAAGAUUCCUUGCAUGGUUUAGCAUAACAGCUAGCACCUACUGAAUGCCAGCGUUGUUCUAAGUGCUCACUGCAUUUUCUUUUCAUCCUCACAGCAACUCAGUGAGGUAUGCUCUGAUGUUCCCAUUUUACAGAGAGGUUAAAUAACCUGUCCUCAGCUACUCAGCAGUGGAGCUGGGAAUUGAGCUCAGACUUGCUGAUCCCAGAGCUCAUGCAGCCCCGCAGGUGCCAUGACGCAGCAGCCCCAGGAGGGCUUCGCCCGGAGCGUGGAGGACGCGCGGCAGUGGAUGAAGGCUGUGCAGGAGCGGCUGCAGAUCAACGACAACACGCAGGGGCCCCGCGCGGCCCUGGAGGCCAGGCUGCGGGAGACCGAGAAAAUAUGCCAGCUGGAGCCGGAGGGGCGCGUGAAGGUGGACCUGGCGCUGCGGGCGGCCGAGGCCCUCCUGGCGUGCUGCCACGAGGACCAGAAGCCCGAGAUCCUGGCCCGGCUGAAGGACAUCAAGGCCCAGUGGGAGGAGACGGUCACCUACAUGACGCACUGUCACAGCCGCAUCGAGUGGGUGUGGCUGCACUGGAGCGAAUACCUGUUGGCCCAAGAUGAGUUCUACCGCUGGUUCCAGAAGAUGAUGGUGGUGCUGGAGCCCCCCGUGGAGCUGCAGCUGGGCCUGAAGGAGAAGCAGUGGCAGCUGAGCCAUGCCCAGGUGCUGCUGCACAACGUGGACAACCAGGCCGCGCUCCUGGACCGGCUGCUAGAGGAGGCGGCCUCCUUGUUCAACAGGAUCGGGGACCCCAGCGUGGACGAGGAUGCCCAGAAGAGGAUGAAGGCCGAGUACGAUGCAGUGAAGGCCAAAGCCCAGGACAGGGUGGACCUGCUGGAGCAGGUGACCCGGGAGCAUGAGCAUUUCCAGGCAAGCGUGGAUGAGUUCCAGCUGUGGCUGAAGGCCGUGGUGGAGAAGGUGGGCGGCUGCCUGGGGCAGAACUGCAAGCUGCCCACCCAGCACCGUCUCUCCGCGCUGCAGGACAUCACCAACGAUUUUCCCAAGGGUGAGGAGUCUUUGAAGAGGCUGGAGGAGCAGGCUGUGGGGGUCAUUCAGAAUACCUCUCCUUUGGGUGCAGAGAAGAUCACCAAAGAACUGGAGGAGAUGUGGAAAGUUCUGGAGAAGCUGCGAGUCCUCUGGGAGGAGGAGGUGGGGCGGCUGCAGGACCUGCUCAAGUCCAAGGGGGCCCAUGAGCAGCAGAGGAGGCAGCUGGAGGCCGAGCUGGGCGAGUUCAGGAAGGGCCUCCAGAGGCUGGCCGAGGAGGGCCUGGAGCCCCAGGCGAAGGCAGGGACUGAGGACGAGCUGGUGGCCCGCUGGAGACUCUACUCGGCGACGCGGGCGGCGCUGGCCGCGGAGGAGCCCCGGGUGGACCGGCUGCAGACCCAGCUGAAGGAGCUCAUCACCUUCCCCCAUGACCUGCAGCCGCUCUCCGACAGCGUCGUCGCUGCCAUCCAGGAGUACCAGAGCAUGAAGGGGAAGAGCGCCAGGCUGCGCAAUGCCACGGGGGCAGAGCUGUGGCAGCGUUUCCAGCGGCCCCUGCAGGACCUGCAGCUGUGGAAAGCCCUGGCCCAGGGCCUCCUGGAUGUCACCGCCAGCCUGCCAGACCUGCCCUCCAUUCACACCUUCCUGCCCCAGAUCGAGGCGGCCCUGGCGGAGAGCUCCCGCCUCAAAGAGCAGCUGACGACGCUGCAGCUGAAGAAAGACCUGCUGAGCAGCGUCUUUGGCCAGGAGAGAGCCGCCGCCCUCCUGGAGCAGGUGGCAAGCUCCGUGAGGGACAGAGACCUGCUGCACAACAGCCUCCUGCAGAGGAAAAGCAAACUGCAGAGCUUGCUCGCUCAGUACAAAGAUUUUGGGGCUGCUUUCAAGCCCCUGCAGAGGAAGCUCUCGGACCUCCAAGUCAGAGUCCAAGGCGAGAAUGGGCUUCAGCGGGACCUUCCUGGGAAACAGGCCCAGCUUUUGAGGUUGCAGGGGCUGCAGGAGGAGGGGCUGGACCUGGGGAUGCAGGUGGAGGCCGUGAGGCCUCUCGUCCAGGGGAACCCCAACCACCAGCACAAAAUGGACCAGCUCUCCGCCGAGUACCAGGCCCUGCAGAGGUCUCUGGAGGACCUCGUGGACAGGUGCCGGCAGAGCGUGCAGGAACAUUGCACCUUCAGCCACGAGCUGCUGGAGCUGCGACAGUGGAUCACUGUGGUCACUCAGAAGCUGGAGUCACACCGGGGGGACACAGGCCCGUGGGAUGCCCAGUCCCGAGAGGUCGAAGUGGAGAGGCUGCUGGCUGAAUUCCCGGAGAAGGAGGCCCAGCUGCCCCUGAUCAAAGCGCACGGCUGGCUGGUGAUGGAGAAGUCUUCUCUGGAAGGGGCUGCUGUGGUCCAGGAGGAGCUGGAGGAGCUGGAGGAGUCAUGGCAGGCCCUGAGGCUGCUGGAGGAGAGCCUGCUGAGCCUCAUCAGAAACCGGCAGCUGCAGAGGACGGAAGUGGAUUCAGGGAAGAAAACGAUUUUCACCAACAACAUCCCGAAGACUGGAUUUCUCAUCACUCCCACGGAUCCUGUUCCCAGGCAUCGCCGUCAGGCAGAUCUGCUCCAGGAAGAAGGCAGCCGUGAAGAUUUCUCCCUACUCCUGAGGAACUUUGAGCAGUGGUUGCAGCUGGAAAAUUCCAAGUUGGUUAGAAUCAUCGCCAUGAGAACUGCCACAGCCAAAGACUUGAGGAGCAGAGAAACAAGGCUGCAGGAGCUGGAGGCCCGGGUCCCAGAAGGUCAGCAUCUCUUUGAGAACCUCCUUCAUCUCAGGCCGGCAAGGGAGACCUCAGAUGAGCUGGAGGAUCUGCGCUACCGGUGGAUGCUGUACAAGUCCAAACUCAAGGACUCCAGCCACCUGCUGACACAGAGUUCUCCAGGGGAGAUGACUGGAUUCCAAAAGAGCCGGCGGUGGCGAGGACUCGGCCCCCUCUCCCGGAAGGUGUGCUGCGUGGCGCUCCCCCUGCAGCUGCUGCUGCUGCUCUCCCUGCUGCUGCUCUUUCUGCUGCCCGUCGGGGAGGAGAACCGCAGCUGCUCCCUGGCCAACAACUUGGCCCGCUCCUUCACGCUCAUGCUCCGCCACGACGGUCCCCCGCCCACCUAGCCCGCCGGGAGCACCCAGGUGACUUUCUUCUCCAACCUUCCCUCGGCCCCAGGGCUCCUCCGGAGGGCACCGGGGAAACUGGAAGCAGGGGCAGGCCAGCGCUGCGGCAGUGGACAUGCUGUACCAGUGUUCCCAGCACAAACCUCCUUUUUAUACAGUGUUGUCUUCGUCUAUUUAUACUAAAUGCCUACUAUGUCUGACCAGGGAAUAAUGUAUAGAAUCUUUAUAUGCUCUGUAUGUAAACGCUCAGUGUCUCUAGUGUCAUAUAUGACCUCUAUUUCUAGUUGGGAAAAUUCCCAGCAGUUCACUUGUCCAAUGGGAUUUUGUGGCAUUUUGGCCUUGGUCUGCCGUCAGCCCUGGAAAGCAGGAACAAUAACAUAUCGCUUUUAUGCAACCUCUUAUCCAGAAGCCAACCCCCAAACCCGGAUAUUAGUAAAAGGUCUCUGAGCUGUCAACAUAGACAGCAACGCAGGCCCUCGCUCAGAGCCCAGUGACUCUUGCUUUGGGCACAGUGAGAACACACACGUUUGUCUGGUUUUUAAAACGACAGCAGAUUAGAUGAUUGGGUUAGGAGCAGAGACGGUGAUGAUCAAAGGCAGCCCAGUGACAGCAGUGAACAGUGACAACUGACAGAGUGAUAUGGAGGGAGGAAAAGAAGAACUGCAAAGAGCAGACCCGGAAAGAACUAGCAAAACACAGCAGAGUCGGGGUGUCGUGUGCAGGAUCCCCUGGUAGCACAGACCCAUGAUGAAAUGUCUGCGGUCUCGCCACCUCGUCUUCAGAAACGGUGAGAUCAUGUUCUGUGAGUUCUGUUCGGGGAGAAGGGGCGGGAGGGAGACCGGAUUGUUAAGAUCUCCUUGCAGAACGGUGAACACGCCUGUGUGCAGCACCCACCUGCCAGCACCGGGGAGAUGUGUGACCUCUGUCGUUCUGAGCUGAGGUUUUCGUCGUCUGUAACUCGAGCUGAAGGAGCAGUGGAGCAUCUGCCGCAUCAGGGACCAGCGAUCGAGGGUCCAAGACAGAGCUGAGCGAUCAGCCUUGGUGCUCUGCCUGUCUGAAGGGCUCUCCCUCCUCCCAGAACGGACUUUGGAGAGAGGCAGGUCCUCUGGCCAAGAAUGUCCCACACGUGCCCCUACAAGGGAGCCAGGGUCCAGGUGCCCAAAACCAGGUCCUCUCCGGCCAGGGCUAGGCACCUGGGCUCCAGGCACCACCUGGGAAGGGGUCAGGCUGACUUCCUCCCCAGGGAGUUCUGGAGUGGUUCCUGAGUGCUUUAUAACUGGAUCCUGUUUUCCCUAAAUCAACACUAAGUUUUCCUUUUUUAAAAAAUGCUUAGAGCCCACUCUUUACAAAUUGAUUUUCUCCGUUGAGCUACAAAUAGGAGACCAAGAGGGGAUCCUCAGGGUUUUGGAAUCAUAAAGUGUUACAGACCCAGAAAGGCCCUUUAAACAGAGGCGACACUGAGACUCAGAGCACCAUGGCCCUCCCCCCUGCCCUCUCGCACACCCCUCCUUUCUAGCCUCAGGCCCAGCCUCAGUGCAGCUCUCACCGCGGGGACCCAGGCCUCCCUGCAACUAGGAGGAGCUGGGCAUUCGCUGGGCAGGAAAACAGUGUUGCCCAGGAAAGCUCUAGGCGCUGACUCAGAAAGCACACUUUUCUCCAGACGUUUAGGAACUAAGUCACAAGGCCGUUCUCCACAGGUGACCACUUUCCUGGAAAAUCAGGGGCUGCAUGAACCAAGACCUCAGGCCCAGGCAGCCAGGCCCUGAUGUUCACUGGGUAGUGUUGGUCCAGCCCUAGAAGGUCAGAGCUGUGACAGGGGCCUUUGAACAUCUCCAUUCCCAUGCUCCCACGUCACAGAUGAGAAGGCUGAGGCCCAGAGAGGGUAAGUAGCUUACCCACGGCCGCACAGCGAGCAGCAGCAAGGCCUGAGCCAACUUGGUCACCACUGCCCCCAGGCGGAGCCCUGCUCCCUACAGCACGAUCCCCCCAUUUCAGUAACUUCAAAUUAAAGAGAAAAAGCCCUUCAAGAUGAAAGGCAUUGUGUCACAUGUCCUACAUGGUAGGGAGGGAGAAGCCGCAGUAUGUGGGCUGGCUGGUGGGAAUGUCUCUCUAUUUUUUAAACUUUGGUAAUGAUGUCAUAGACUCUGCUUGUUUGCAUAACGGUUUUGUUUUUUUUUUUAAAAGAACUGAUAUUUUCAUUACUUUCAUAUAAAUACAGUUGUAAUACGAUAUAACAACCCAUGUACUGGUGCUUUUCAAGUGUAAUCUCUCUUGCAUAAAGUGGGUGCAGACAAUUAUGAUUUUUAUGACUUUCUAGCUUCCUGAGUACCAACCACAAAGAGCUUUAAAGUGCCACUUGAGCAAGGCGUCGCGGUGGGACCAGCGUGUGUUUAUUUUUCCUCUGUCCCCAGAGUGAGAGGGGUGGUAAGAAAUGUGAAUAUCACUGUGAGCCCAGCUCCGUGUGUGUUUGUGUAUCUGGCUGUCUGUCUGUCUGUCUAGGUGAGAGAGAGAGGGAGAGAAAGAAGAAGGGGAGGAAGGAGGUGGAGAGAGAAACACAAGUGAGCACAUCGAGGCUGCUGGGUACCCUCCCCAGCUGUCUCCCUCUCCCCGCCCUUUUUUCUUAGUCUGAUCUCUGAGUGCAGAAAGGCACGUGCCGGACCCAGAGGGUGUUUAUAACGGAAAGAUGGCGGUGGUGGGAUGGGCGGGUGUGGACAGCGGAGGAGGCCAGGGGACUCCCGAAGGUGCCCGGCAGCAGGGGUGGAGGGGUGAUGGUACCAGAAACAGUGCCUUCCAUUUGGUGCUUGCGGGUACCUGGCCCCUUGGGGGGGUGCUCCACAAGCCAUAUUUUAUUUGAUUCCCACAACUCUCAGAGUUUGUAUUAACUUUACCUCCAUUUCUAACAUGAGAAAGCCGAGGCUUAAAGAUAUAAAGACACUUGUCCAUGCAGAAGUGGGAUUUGAACCCAGGUUUGUCUGGCCCAUGCUGGAGGAGAGGGCUUCCAGCUGGUUCUGCAGGGUGCAGCCUCUGUGGCCUCUGGGAUGGGUUUCAGUGAGCCAGCAGCUCUGCCCUCUGCUCUGCGAGGUGGGGCCGGGCUGAGGCUCCACGUCAACUUCCCUGCGGGGCUGGCUCUCAGCUCUGGAAGAGUCACCACCAGUAGCUCAGUCACGAGGGUCGUCUGCGAUCCUCUUCACGCCAGUCACUUCACAUGCUCAGGGGAGCGGGACUCUCUGCCCAGCUGGGAGCUGAGCGCCUCUCUGUCCUCCUGUGAGGUCCCGGGGCGUGGCUGAUGUCACUGGAACCCACUGCCCAGCACAGGGUAGGAACUUCAGCUGUGGUUUGUAGAAUGGCAUGAAAACUCUCAGAGGUGAGUGUGUUUGCUCACACUCAGCUCCCCUCCCGGGUACAGAGGAAAUGGUCCUGGGUGAUGGGACCCACUUCCAUCUCUCACAACCUCUUUGCCUCAGGCAGCUGGCGGGAGUCCCAGCAAGGACCAGGGGGUCUAAGGAUGCUUGUCCCUGGGCAGCUUCAGGGGAAGGAAGCUGGGGACACUUUGCAGCCCAGGGGCCAAGGAGAAUGACAAGCAGAGGGCAGACGGUCAGAGCAUUAGGAGGGGAUCUGAUCUCCUCCCGUGAGACUAGAGCCGGGGCCAGACCCGGAGGCUGAGAGGCCUUGCGGAGGCUGUGGAGACAUGCACUCAGAGCUGAUCUGCCCAGAGAGCGGACAGAGGGAGUGCAGACAAACAAGGAUCCAAGGCCAGAGACGACAUCAGACUUGAUGCCACUGAACCGUACCCUUAAAAAUGGUUAAGGGGCCAGCCUGGUAGUGUAGUGGUUAAGUUCACACGCUCUGCUCCGGCAGCCUAGGGUUUGUGGGUUCAGAUCCAGAGCGCGGGCCUCUGCACCACUCAUCCUGCCAUGCUGUGGCACUGUCCCGUAUAAAGUGGAGGAAGAUGGGCACAGAUGUUAGCCGAGGGCCAAUCUUCCUCAGCAAAAAGAGGAGUAUUGGCAACAGAUGUUAGCUCAGGGCUAAUCUUCCUCACCAAAGGAAAAAAAAAAAGGUUAAGAUGGUAAAUUUUAUGUUAUGUGUAUUUUACCACAAUGAGAGAGAGAAUGUCAGGCUGUACCUUCACAGUUCCAAUCUUUCAUCUGAGGACAAGGCCCAGUGGCAGAGCUUUCACUGUCUUUGGAAAAAGAGUGAAGACAAACACUCAAGGUUUUCUUUCCACAGGAUUUUCUCUCAUCUAAGCAACAGCUCUGUAUUCUGAGUUUCCACCCUUACUAUUAAUCGGCUGUUCCGUGGCCUUUAGGAUACGAGAGUGGGGAGGGGACAGCGGUAUCUUCCUUUGUGGUUUAUGUUUUGUGUUCAGAGUCCUCAGUGGACAAAAUUAAAAGCUGCCAACUCUUUGUUGGUUUUCCCCAAAUGCACUGUACUUUCUGGAAGCACAUGAAAUCCCAGAGUUUGGGAUCCCCUGCUCGAGAAGUCGGGAGGAGAGAGCAGCUGCAGCUGGAGAAAUGCUUUGUGCAGGACCCUCAGAGGGAGAGAGGGAAAGAGAAAUGGGAAGAGGGACAUGGUGGGAGCGCAGUUUAUGGCAGCGGGGCGGGGGAAAGGCCAGGGGCCUGCCAGCUGGGCCUUUAAAGAAAGAAACAGACCGCCCGUUAGCCUAGCUUUCCUGCUGGCCAACUAUGUGCCCGUGGUGUCUGUGGCCUUCUCUCCCCUGGUGAGUGGGCAGGAGUGCCCUCUGCCUCUUUUCUUUUGAAUCCAAUGCAAUAAGCAUUCUUAAGUCCCUUCUCCAUGCCAGGCUUUGUGCUGGAGGAUUCGGAUGAAUUAAGUCCAGUCCCUGCACUCAAGUUGCUCACAGACCAGGGGAAGGGUUUAUGCCAUAGAAGAUGCCGAACCAAACUGAGUCCUUGCCGUUGACCUUACCCACCAUCACAGAGGCUGGAAGGGAGAGCAGCCCCUCCCACUCUGUCCUGGCUGUAUCUGCCCAGGGCUCAGCUUUUUAACACCUUCCAUUUGGAUUCAGCCCAGGAAAUUCAUAUUUGCUUUAAUUUCUUCUGGGACCUGAGUUACUCCCGGGUGCAAAUCCUGGAAAGAGAGGCUCUCUGAGUUUUUCCAGGCCAGCCCCUCAUUUUCUAGCAGACCACUGAGGCUUCGAAAGGGAAAGAGCAUGGACAUGUCCACAGGUGUCUACCAUCAUCCAGCUGACAGAGCCUACAGGCACAUCCAGCAGAGGGCCAGAUUCAGAGGACUUAAAGCAGCCAUCAUUUCUCCCUUGGUUUCAAUUACAAGAGAAAUGCCUUCUCUCUGUCAAAGUAAGACAAAGGGGGAAUUGGUUUUUAAAAGGAAAUUAAAAAACAAAAGCUCAUGAUCUAAAAACAGAUCUUACCGCCUUAAAGAACAGUCAGCCAAUUCAGCAUCCCCUAGUGCCUGCCUUUCGGUUGUCAUGGUAACGUCACAGCUGCUCACAGGUUGGUACCCAAACACCUUGUCCAGACGGGACAGUAAUCAUACAUAGGGACCUCAGUUUCCCCAAAGUGUCCUGGGCUUCCUUUAAGGAAUGCUUACGUCUGAGCUCAGCAACCAGGACACAGGCCCUCAGCCCCUCUCCCUGUUCCGAUGAAAAACGGAGGGAGGGAACAUAAAUUGUGGGCCUGCAAGAUGGCCCUGACUCCUUCCAAAAGCCCGUGCUAUGGAGUCAUGGUUUUGUUUUUCGAUGCUGAAACCAGAGCACAGAGAGGGUUAGCAGCCUGCCUAAAAGCAACCAGCUAGUUGGUGGGUAGGAAAUUUGGAACUUGAACUUGGCUCCAAACUGCUCUAUGGAACUUUCCUUCAGCCUCAGCUGUUUUUCAUUCCUUUGUGGGCCACGGGCUGCUGCUGCUUUGGCAGCUGGUUAGCUAGUUGAGGGUAAUGUUCCAGAGUAGGGGCUGCAGGUUUUCUCCCUGUGCCCACUCCCACGAGGGAGUUCUUCAGCUCCCGCCACCAUCGGGAGCUAGCAACACCAGGAUGAUAUGCCAAGGGAUGGAGGCGGGUGCCUACCUUCUCCUGGAGAAACAGAAACAGGCCACCUCUUGCAGGGCAGGUGGAGGACAGAGUCGGCUUUGUGACGUCGCUGCCUGUGGAGCAGCUCUGAUUCCUUCCACUGGAGAAUAAAAGAGGCAUUUUCUCUCCAGAGGCAGUGGCCAUGCACGUUCUAGAAGUUUUAUUGGUGAGGAAGAAGUGGACAGAGGAAAUUGUGUGUGAAUGUGGUGUGUGUGCACGUGUGUGUGUAUGUGUGUGUGUGUACUAUACACACAUCUCCACUCAGGAGCACACCUGGGGAGCCCUUGUUUCCAACCCUGGGCUUCCAGACAACAGACAGCACGACCCCGUGGUCUCUGGGAACCCCAGGAUGACCAUACUGGACCCAGGACAUUUCCCCUGGUUCCAGCGUCUUAUGCCUUUUAUGGGAUCAGCAGGUUUUCCCCCUGCCGUUCUCCAGACACGGGGGAAGGUCGGUUGACCCCUGAGAUCUGUGCAUCUGGAAACUCCCUCGGGCUGGUUUGGAAGUGGCACCUCUCUUUUUCUCAGGAUUGCGUAUAACCUGCUUGUGAAAAAGGACCUAGCUCGAUGGGUCCUGUAUUUGCCUGUGUCCCUCUUGCUCUAUGUGUCUCUGUGUCUUUGAAACCAGUGGUGUUCACAGCAUUUGUUGAGCACAAGGUGUCAGAAGCAGAAAAAUAGCAAAUUUCCAGGACCAGUUUGGGAAGAGUGAGCCCUUUUUCUCUCCAUUUCGAGUCCAAAAGACCGGCCCUCUCAUUCCAAAGCCUGCGAGCUUGAUGGAUUUGUUAGUUUCUCUUCUCUCCCCUCCCAAGGGAGGCCCCACACCUCCUCAGAACCCCACCUGGAGGCAUCUGCCACAGUCCUGCGCUCCCUCUAUCCUCAGCCAAGCCCACAGGGGCAGACUCGCCCCAUCUUUGCCUUCAAAGACCUGGUGACACUAACCUGACACUGAUCAGCUGUUCAUGUGGCUGGAGUGGUCUGGUGAAUGCAGGGAGAGCCAGGCUAUGGCAUGGUGGGGUGUGUCUGUGUGUGUGUGUGUGUGUGUGUGUGUGUGUGUGUGUGUGUGUAGAUGCUGUGUGAGUGGUUUUGGUGUCAAAAGCAAAUCAAUUUCAUUGUUUAAAAUGUUCUAUUAUGUAAACAGUAUGCACAGGGACCAUAACCACUCCCGUCAUAUUAUUGUGAUUAUAAAACAUGCAUUUGUAAUAAAUUAAGCUUUCUGGGAAGACAAGCAGUGUGGGAGCCAAAUGAACAUCUUGGAACAUGUGUGUGUUAUCUCGGUUCAUAUCAAGUCCAAACCCGGCCGAGAGCCUUCCCUGCUCCCCUGCUCGGGAAGGAGGGCGGGACGCCAGGGCCCUGCUAGUUUCUUCUCGGCGCCAUAUUUUAAAGUCAUCUUGAAGUUUUCAUCCCUUCCUGUUGUCCCAGUUGGAAGGAGCGGUGUUCUCAAAGAUGGCUUGACACUUUUAUUGUUGCUUAAUGUUUUUAAAAAUGUAUCUGCUUUUAUGUUUGGAAAUAAAAAUCUCUAUUUUGGUCUAUGAAA